AGCGACAGCCCCGAAAGAGACAGCGGAGAAGUUACUAGAGACCGCCGGCGAGUUCCUCAGCCACCUGCCCCGCUGAAUAAAAGCACGAGGGUCCGAGCAACCGGCUCACACGCGCGCAGACGAAUACCAACGUUGAAGCUCGCAGGGAGCACAGACAGGUCAGAAGGCGGUGCUGCUUCAGACGGGUCCAGCGGUUCUGUUCCUCUCAGCCGAUAACGACCAAAAAAGACAUGGCUCCAAAACAGAAGUCCAAGUCCUGGUUAGAGCUGAAACAAGCUGGAAACGAGUGUUUUAAGACGGGCCAGUAUGGAGAGGCAACCGCUUUUUACGACAAGGCAAUUAAAGAGCUGGAGAAGCCCAGUAAAAGUAACCCAGAGGAUUUGGCCGUUUUGUACUCGAACCGUGCAGCCAGCUACCUGAAGAAUGGCAACUGUGGGGAAUGUGUCAAAGACUGCAACAAGUCUCUGGAGUUACUUCCUUUCAACGUGAAGUCUCUGCUACGUCGUGCGACUGCGUACGAAGCUCAGGAGCGCUACAGACAGGCCUAUGUGGACUAUAAGACGGCUCUGCUGAUCGACUGCAACAUAGCUGCUGCUCAUGACGGCACCAACCGGAUGACCAAGGCGCUCACAGAGGCGGAUGGUCCCUCGUGGAGAGAAAAGCUUCCUCCUAUUCCCACCGUUCCUCUGUCUGUGAGGGAGAAGCUGACCCAGCAAAACACAGUCAACGCUGCAAAAGAAAACUCCAAACCACAACAGAACAGCACCAAGCAAAAACCUGCUCCUGGUGACAAAGAUGCAAAGAAAGGUCAAGCUCUAAAAGAGGAGGGCAACGCUCUGGUGAAGAAAGGCGAGCACAAGAAGGCCAUCGAGAAAUACAGUCAGAGCCUCAAACACAACCCCGUGGAAGUCACAACCUACACCAACCGGGCCUUGUGCUACCUGUCAGUGAAGCAGUACAGAGAUGCUGUCAGAGACUGUGACGAGGCUCUGAAGAUUGACAGCAGCAACGUCAAAGCUCUCUACAGGAGAGCUCAGGCUCACAAGGAACUCAAGGACACUAAAGCCUGUGUCGAUGACCUGAACCGCCUGCUCAAAGAGGAACCGAAGAACACAGCUGCCCUGAAGCUUCUCCAGGAGGUGCAGAAGAAGAAAUGAAGACCGAACAGAGACUGUGCCAACAGUGGUAAGGCUCUGUCACUGCCCCGUGUAAGGAGAGCAACACCCACCGAUGAUGUUUUGUUGAGGAAGGUGACCGAGAGCAGCUGAGCUGCGACACAACUGCUUCAAAGUCUGAGUCUAUGUUUCCUAAAAGUUCAUUUACACAAACUUGUCUGUGACCCGUUUACUCAACUCAAGCUUCUGGAGAACACAGUUGUGGCUGGUGUCAGAGCAGAGGGUAUAUCUGGAAGAGGCGGUGCCAUUUUAAGAACGUUGAGGAUGUUUGUAUUAUUUGUGUUGGUUUCUGUAAGUUGUACUUGAGUAUUUAUGAUUAUUUAUAAGAGCUGAAAUUGUUGAUUCUUUCUGAGAAUAAGCCUUUACUGUUGUUUAUUUUUAAAGGGCUGAAGCUUCUUAAUGUUUCCACUCCAGCUUUUAGAAUCAACAAACAACCCAAAGCUAAAGACCAUCCUCAAACAACCGUUCUUAUGACCCACAACCGAAUCACUGAUGUGGACAAUCACUGUUCAUUUAGGAAAUAAUUGCCCUUCUUAAACAGGCGCCAUCACUUUCUACCUGAUUUGUUCAGUACAGGGUGUCCAGUCCUGGUCCUUGAGAGCCUCUGCCCUGCUGGUUUUCCAAUUCUCUCUGCUGAUUACCAUGGUCAGUUAGCUGCUGAUUGGAUAAACACACUGGGCCAAGGUAAUCAGUAUUAGCUGGGGCAGGGAGAGUGGAAAACCAACAGGACAGUAGUUCUGGAGGACCAGGGUUGGACCCCCUGGUUUAGCAGAUUCCUAUGUGUUGUCAUUUUACCAUUGGUUUACAUAUAAACCAGUGUAGUUUAUUAAUAUACAGAAUGUAGUGGACAUAUUGGAAACUUAAGUGUCAGGACGAUACUUAACACAUGCUUCCAUCAGUAUGUUGUGUGGAUGUGGGACACAGCACAUGGUGAUGCAACAGAAACUAGGCCUUUAGUUGAGAUUAUUUACACCUUCACUUCCUCUGUUUGCGCUGAAAGUGCCUGAAUCAUGGGUGUGAUUAUGGAUAAACCAUCGGAUCGGAUACCUUUAGAAAUAAAGUGAAUUUGGAGCUGACCAGCUGAUUGUUAGUUUGUCCAAGGGUCAAACUGAAAAUUUUGUAUCCCAUCCAAAAUCAGUUUGCCAGAAAAUUUAAGGUCCAUUUUAAAUCACAUGGUUGAUCAGGUUUAUUUUGUGUCUUUGUUUUUCAUGUUUACUCAGGUAGUUUAUUCGUGUGUGUGCUUGGUUUUGAGCCAGUUACUUUCUCAUUGGAUCGAUGUAUAAGAUGCUGUUCAUGUCGUGAUGGACUGUAGAGAUUCCCAAUCAAAGCCAGUCCUGUGUCUCUACGUUAAUCUAAAUGACUCCGUCCUCCAUGCGAGUUAGUAUACUAUACUAGUUUUAGGGUUGCAGCAGCAUGUGGUUCAAGACAAAGGGGUGAACCAAGUUAAAAUGCUCUUAACAGAUUCUUGUACAGAAAUACUUUCUCAUUACUCCUGUUUCCUGUGGUUUGAUGCCUGUCCCAGUUUCAGUUGCUGCCUUCAUCAUUUCUCUAAUGCUUUCACUUUUUACCUGUAAAACAGUUUUGUCAAUCUGCUUCAAUAAAGUGAAAUGACUUUGA